GUGAGUGGAUGUGUGUGUGUCUGAGUGUGUGAGUGUGUGUGUCGGGGAGGAGGAAACGCCUCUCAACAGAAAACUCCCUGAUAUGAAGGACAAGUCGGACCGACCGCAGGCCUGAGCUCCACAUCUGUGCUCGCGCCGGUCGGUCGCGAUGGAUUUCGUGCUUAGCGGAGCGGCGGCGUGCGGUGCGUGUCUGUUCACCAACCCGCUGGAGGUCGUCAAAACUCGAAUGCAGCUGCAGGGAGAGCUCCAACGCCGGGGCUCCUACCAGGUGUACUAUCGCAACGUGUUCCACGCUUUUUACACCAUCGGUAAAGUGGACGGGCUGGCCGGCUUACAGAAAGGACUGGCGGCCGGCCUGGUCUAUCAGUUUUUUAUGAAUGGAGUCCGGCUCGGCUCGUACGCCAUCAUCGAGUCCUCUGGCUACAUCCACACGAACGGAAGGGUCAACGCGGUUAAGACCACGUUAGCAGGGGCAGUGGCUGGAGUGGUGGGAGCCGUGAUGGGCAGUCCUGUCUACCUGGUCAAGACUCAUCUGCAGAGUCAGUCCACUUCCUCCAUUGCAGUUGGACAUCAGUACAAACACGAGGGGAUGAUCCACGCUCUGGCAGCCAUCUACAGGGAGCAUGGCAUUCUGGGACUGUGGAGGGGCUCCAGUGCUGCAGUUCCCAGGGUCAGCGUGGGGUCAGCCGCACAGCUCUCCACCUUCUCCUCCUCCAAGGAGCUUGUGAUUGACCUGCAGGUGUUCUCAAAGGACAGCUGGUUGGUGGCCCUAAGUGCCGGCAUGAUCAGCAGCGUGGUGGUGGUGCUGGCUAUGACACCUUUUGAUGUGGUGAGCACACGGCUCUACAACCAGCCCGUGGAUCAUUUGGGCAAGGGGCUGCUUUAUAAAGGAUUCGCUGACUGCUUUUCUAAGACGCUGAGGAAGGAGGGCUUGAUGGGACUCUACAAAGGCUUGGGAGCCUCUUACUUCCGGCUCGGCCCGCACACCAUUCUGUCUUUGUUCUUCUGGGACGAACUGCGCAAACUGUACCAGCAGUUCAGAUAACACCUGGGACAAAGAAACUGUAAAAUGGGUAACUCAUUAAGCUCUGAGUGCACAGGUUAAAUGAGUCCUCGUUUGAUGAGUUUGUCAUUAUGAGGUGGAAGAAAAACCAGGAGAUGCUCUCCUGUCUUGAUGAGAAAGCGUAAAGGUAAUAUUUUACACUCCAAUAAGAAAACACAUUAAAACAGUCCAAGUGUGUCAGGAAGAAGGUGAAAAUCAAAGCUGCAGUCAGGAGCUCUGACCAACUCUGUGGGACAGAUAUGCAGUUGGAUUGUCAUGGUCACAUAUGUGCACAGAUAUGAUGAUAACUUACAUAAGAACUUAUAAGAUAACCCACUAGGCCUUAUGUACAGUAUACUUUGUGUUGUGUGGGCAAAUGCAUCAAAAGUAAUAGCUCUGAGACUCUGAGUUAUGCCAUUCCAUAACAUGAAGAAGAAAUGUGCUGGACACAGCUCUGUACCUUCAGGAGAAAGCAUCAGAUGUGGCCCACAGUUAGAGAAAAUGAAUGGAUUGUGCCAACAGCUACAGCAGGGGCUCAAAAAGCCUAACAUGAAAUGACUGGUGGGAAUUGGCUCUAUGCUUUGACAGCUGUUCACCUCAAUACAAAGUGAACAAAGGUAAUAAUCUGUACCAGUGUGUUCAAAGAGUAGCACGCUGUAUGAUGACUUGCUGAAACAAACGUACAAGUAGACGGUGCUGUGUAAUCCCUUCUCGCAUGCUUACACAGUGAGCCACUCAUCAGAUGACCUGCAAUGGCCUUGUAUUGGCAGGAAGUGAUACAGAGUGUAAUGGAUCAACAGAAGGAAGAAUUCUGGAGAUGAAGGAUUUCCUGUAGUGUUGUUAAUGUCACAGAGGACCAGCUGAUCACUGACCCCCUGGUGAGCCAGUCAGUACAAACUGGGCUGGGCAGCCAAACUUUGUUUAGACCCACACAACUUUAUUCUAGAUUUUAGUGGAGAUUUUUAAACGUUUCUAAAGAUAUCAAAUGUUUCAGGUUUAAUUUUGGAAAAACGUGUGUAAUAUCUCCAAUUAUACACAUAUAAUGCAAAUAGAUAUUGAGUUAAAAUCUUCUGUUCAGUGUAAACGUCAUGUGGCUUAAAGAACUGGAUCAAACGGAUACAGAAUAUGUGUAAGAGGAGUUUUCCAACCUUUAAUGGAAAAAUGGAGUAACUGUUUAUAAAGGGGUUACACUAAAGGCAGCUCUUGUACAAAGACUUCCUUUUGUGAAGGGAAACAUCUGCAGCAGACAAGAAUCCCUCAAACAAUCCCUCAUGAGUGUCCACGACAGAAAAAGGAAAAUCUGUAGUUGGGGCACAGUUUGGACCUCAUCAGCAAAGAAUGCAGCUUCUCCAGUGAAACUCCUAAAAUGGGAUGUGAAAGCAAAUCAGGGUUUAAGACAUGUUUGACAUGUAAACCCUGAAGAUGCUGAGACAGUCAACAAAAUGGGCUCUAUCUGCACAUUCAUAGUCAUAAUCCAGAAACCAGCGCAUUGACAUGUGCAAACACAGCUCAAUGCAUCUUGUCUGAUUAUUUAUUUAUGUAUUUAUUCAUUGUAACAGGAACCUACAGUUGCGACUGAAUUGACUCAUGUAGCAUUUCACUGUAGCCUGAGCUAAUUUCCUUUUCUAAAACAACAGUAUAAUAAACGAAUACCUGAACAAUAAAUUAAUCACGUGAUUAAUAAUAAACGUAGAUAAGGAAAAACGUGACCGCCUGAUGACUCCAUGAAUGCACCUCGAGUAACAGAGCCAGGAACAGGGACAAGGUUUCACCUUGUCCCUGAGCAGCCUCCGACACUGGUUAUACAUUUAUAGGCAUGUUGAAAAUUAGCAAGUGUAAUGAUGUUUUCACCGGUACAUUCUAGGGAGCUGCUCGCUAUCUUACCUGUUAAUGCAAAAUCAGCUUCUUCUUGCCUUUAUGAUUACUCUGCCGUCACAUUCAGCAUUUCCAAACACUCCACAAAUCCACAAAUAAUAUUUAUUAAAUAACUGUGACCUUUUUUGUAUUGAGACCAUCCGUACUCAGAGCAUUGGUCUCAUUGAGUUGCCAGAUCACCAAAAAAUUUAAGAGCUGCCAAAAACCCAGAAUCUUAGCUACUAAAAUAAGACUUUGAUGUGCCAUAAUAAUUCACCCAGAAUAAAACUGUUACAUGAUUUUUUAAUUCACGUUGUACUUUAAGCAGUUUGGCUUUGAUCAAAUUUUCUAAUCAUUAUUUCCAGUUUCUUUUUGUGUCACUUUGAUCUUACUGAUUGGCAUUAAAAUCAUCUAAGUGAAUACUUGAUGUAUGAUUGGAACUAUUUUAACUGUAUGUGACAACUGUGUGAAAUGUCACUAGUGCUUACUUUCUAACAGCUUCUUUACACACACUUUAACCCACUGUUGAUCAUAUUUCACUGUUUUUAUGGUACUUCAGUUCAAGACCGAGGCGCUUUUUGUCAAACAUGUAAAUGAACCAUUAUUGACACUGAGCUUAAAGUGUUUAGCUGGUUUGGGGGCAGAUUAGUCAGCUUUAAUGUCGCUGCUGAUAACGGCUUUAACUCUAAAGUUGCACCAAACUCCUUUUCAGGGUGUGGGCCAGAUUCGUUGCUUUCUUCAUGAAGGCUGCGAUACGAAUUUCAUAAUACGUUGUUGGUUAUUAGUGAGUUCUACAGUGACUGAACAGCUUUCAGCAUUAGAGCACAGUUUGUUACGACACAUUUAACACAUGUGGUAUCUUUCAGAAGUCAUGUUUGUCCUCUUACCUUCCAUACUGUAAAACAGGAGGUGAAUGUUGCUGUUUAUUAUGAAGUAUUAUGAAGUCACAGCUAUGGACUCCUUACAUUGCCACUGCCAUUUUUGUACAUUUUAAAGCAACUUUGUCUUCUUGAUGUAACAACGCUCAAUUGUUAUAGGAACAAUUUAUGUGGUUUAUUAUGGAUUUCUCUUAAAUCUGUUUAAUCUGCAGUUUGCUUUAUCUUGAAGGGUCAAAAUAAUCCAAGUGGGUCAGGAUUAUUUACAGCAUCACAAGUAUAUUUCAUGCACCGACUGAACAAUUAUCAUAAUUAUUGAAAAACAGGCUGUCUAGACUUUCCCAGACAAUAUAAUCAGACUAUGAAAAGUUGUCUGACAAGAAACGAUUCGAUGGUUCAGACCAAGACCUGGCUGAUGACUCCUGGAAACAAAGACCAGAUUAGAAACCAGACUGAAUCAGUAAAAAUCAUUACACUUGACUCUCAACAUGGUGUGGGGUCCACUACCUUAGCCCUGCCAUUAUGAUUAAAGCAUUUUAGAGGGGAUUUGAAUGGAAAACUGUGAUCAACCAUGACUACAAAUUUUCCUGGGAAUUUAAUAUAAUUCAGCAACUUGAGGAGUUAAAAUGUGUAUAAUUAAAGAGAUCUGCAGGGAGAAAUGAGCAAAAAUGCUGAAUGUAGUUCAGAAAGUGUCGUUUGAAAACUGCUUAACUUAUUUGCAGAUGGCGCCAAUGUAAAGUCUGAUGAUUUGCAUGUCAUAAAACUCAUGAAAGCUGUUGAACCGAACUGUAGUGUGUUGACUUUAUGCAGCCGAGGUUGUGGCUUGAGGUGGAUUUUCUCGAGUUUACAUGAAUUCAUCUUCUCACCAACUGAUGAAUUUCCCCAGCAGCUGAUUGGAUUAUUAGAGAACAGAAAGUGCAGCAAUCUGUGGGUUUUUUACACAUUUAUCAGGUCUCUGAGAUGUUUUACUUACAGGAUUUUCUCAGAGUUGGCAUCUCUCGUGUUGGCUGGGUCAUUGUAGCACGGCCUGAGGCAUGUGCACCUCACACUGCUAAACUGGCAGUGUUAACGCUGGCUGUGUAUAACUAACAGGGUCACUCAGAAAGUCAGCAGUCAGUGGUAAUAUGACUCCUGGAGGGAAACGCAGGAAGUCAAGAUCUUUAUGCACACACAGAUAAUGUCUGACAGUGUGGGCAUAAAGGUGACUGAAGGUGGCAGCUCUGUUAACUCUGCAUGCUUUCACUAACAAACACCUGGACUUUGCAGCAACAUUUUAUUUCAGAGCAUCGUCACAUUCAGUUCACAGUACAGUUCAACAGCUAUGAAGGUGUGAAAAUACAUAAAAUAUGAAUGUAAAACUCUACAUGUUCACAUCCAAACCCAUUAAACAAGUGGCU